AGGACGCGACGGGCUAUGGGCCGGUGUUCGAGGAGCAGCCCAUGGACACCAUCUACCCGGAGGAGUUUCCAGAGGGAAAGCUCUCCAUGAACUGUCGGGCCCGGGCCAACCCCCCCGCCAAAUAUAAGUAAAGCAUCCUUUGCACCCCCCCAACCCUGCCACACCCCUGCUUCAGCUGUCUGUCCUCCUGCCUUUGGCCUUCCACCCCGCCUUCCUCUGCUCAAUGCAGUGAGACACCAAUGCAGUGUUUGAUGGGACUGACCUUUUUUUCCGUUUAAUCCUGUGUCCUCCUACUGAAGGACGUGAUCCGUGAUGGAUGUUGUGAUGCCAGUAUCCAAAUGUAACUGGCAUCACAAAAUCCCAGCAAACAGCCAAACCAGACGCUAUCUGGUCUUUUCUCCAGGUAGUGAUAUUAAGUAUACAAUGUCGUAGCUUUAGCAAGCAGAUCCAGGUGAGAACAGUGCAGAUGGCAAGGAGGGCAGGCGGGCAGGCGGGCGGGUAAAGAACAUAAGCAGGCAAGCAGGUGGAUAUAGAGCAGACAUGCAGCAGCCAGCGAUUCAGCAGAAUGUACAUCGGAAACAUUAAUGCAAAGCGAAAGGUGACAUCACAGGCGAGGUAACGGUGGGGAGGAACUGCAGGCUGUCAGCGGUUUGCAAACCAAGUUCCAGGAUCCCAGUCCCCAACGGACUGACGCCAUGUUCUUCUGCAGUGAUCACUUCCUGUUCUCUAAAUGGAGGAUAAACAACUGGGAGAUUAAGCUGUUGGAACAGCCGGACGAGCACUACAGCCUGGUAGGUGGCAACCUGGUGGUCACCAACCCGGACCGAAGCAAACACACCGGGAAGUACGUGUGUGUGGCCCAGAACAUCUACGGCAUCAUCAUCAGCAAGGAGGCCAUCGUCAGAUUUGGCUACCUGAAUCCAUUCUCCGUAGAAGAACGCGAAGCAGUACAAGUGAGAGAGGGACAAGGGGUGGUUCUGCUGUGUGUCCCGCCUGACCAUAACGCCGAUGAUGUGACGUUCCGCUGGAUUCUCAAUGAGGCCCCCAAUUUCCUGCACCCCGACAGAAGGCGCUUUGUAUCCCAGACCAGUGGAAACCUGUACAUCUCUAAAGUGGAGGAAUCAGACUUCGGCAACUACUCCUGUUAUAUGUCCAGCUUAACCGUCUCCAAAAGCGUGAUUAGCCCGUUCAUUCCUCUGAUCCCGCUAGCAGAGCGCACGGUUUAUAAGUAUGCGGCUGACAUAAAAGUUAAAUUUUCAAAAACCUACGCCCUGGUGAAUCAGAACGUCACCCUCGAAUGCUUUGCCUUGGGAAAUCCCAUCCCAGAGAUCCGCUGGCGGAAGCGUGAUGCCGAGCUGCCUGCCAAUCAUGAGAUAACCAUGGCGGGGGCGCUGUUGCACCUCUUCACAGUGCAGAUAGAGGAUGAGGGCUACUAUGAGUGUGAGGCUCUCAACUCCAAAGGCAAGGACUGGUACAAGGCCUACCUCUACGUGGAAGCUGCCCCUGAGUGGGCGGCACACAUCAACGACACAGAGAAGGACAUCGGCAGCGAGCUGACCUUGUCGUGUGUAGCCACCGGAAGACCGGAGCCCUAUAUCCGCUGGCUCAAAAAUGGAUAUUCGUAUGGCAAGGGGGAGCUGAAGUUCAGCACACUCACCUUCGAGGAUUCCGGAAUGUACCAGUGCAUCGCCGAGAACCGGCACGGGAGCAUCUACGCCAAUGCCGAGCUGCGUGUGAUUGCCUGUCCUCCAAUAUUUGAGAACAACCCAGUGAGGAGAAGGCUUCUGGGUGCCAGAAAUGGACGUGUGGUCAUCGAGUGCAAACCCAAGGCUGCUCCCAGGGCCAAGAUCACUUGGAGCAAAGGAACCAUGAUGCUGACCAACUCGUCAAGGAUUCGUGUCUGGGAUGAUGGGAGCCUGGAGAUCUUCAACGCCACAAAGGCAGAUGAGGGGAUGUACACCUGCUUCGCAGAGAAUGACAGGGGCAAGGCCAAUAGCACCGGCACCCUGUCCAUCACAGAGGCUACCCAGAUCACCGUGGCCCCGUCCGACACAGGGGUGCAUGUUGGAGAGACAGCUCGCCUGCAGUGCACCGCCUCCCAUGACCCAGACCUGGACAUUACCUUCAUCUGGUCUGUGGACACACACGUUAUCGACUUUGACCGGGAGAACGAGCACUAUGAGCGUAUCAUGACCCGAGAGUCGAGUGGAGAGCUGUGGAUCAAGAACGUGCAGCUGAGGCAUACCGGCCGCUACAGCUGCACUGCCCAGACUAUAGUGGACAACAGCACAGCCUGGGCGGACCUCAUCGUCAAUGGACCCCCGGGACCACCAGGAGGCGUGCGCGCAGAAGAAAUCCGGGAGAAGACAGUGAGGCUGGUCUGGACUCGUGGCACCAGCAACCACAGUCCCAUCAUCAAGUACAUCGUCCAGACCAGGGAUCAGUUCACUCCGGAUCGCGAGGAGUGGCGAGACGCCAGUACCUCUCCACCAGUUGUCCAGGGCAGUGAGGAGAUGACCACUGUGGUGGACCUGUACCCCCACUGUUACUACGAGUUCCGCGUCAUCGCCAUCAAUGAUCUGGGGAUGGGCGAGCCCAGCAUCCCGUCCAUUAAAAUCCGCACCUACGAUACAGUUCCCACCAUGGCCCCCUCAGACGUCAGCGGGGGAAGCAAUGUAAAUGGGGAGGUCUUCAUCACCUGGACGCCCCUGCUGCCGCAGUACUACAACGGGAAGAAGUUCGGGUACGUGGUGGCCUUCAAACAGCACGAGGAGUACGAGUGGAGACGGGUGACGGUGGCCGACCCUGAAGCUAGGCGCUAUGUGCACAAGGACUACUACAUCCUGCCCAACACGGAGUUCCAGGUGAAGGUGAAAGCCUAUAAUAACAAGGGAGAGGGUCCCUACAGCCUCACCGCCGUCAUUUACACCGCACAGGAUGUUCCCUCGGAGGCUCCAACUGAGGUCGUGGCACGAGCCUAUACUGCCACCGAAGCCAAGGUGUGGUGGCUGCCCGUCUACCAGCAAAUUGUCGAAGGUUAUCAGGUGAAGUACUGGAGGAAGUACGACGACAAUGAGGCGGCGGCCCAGCGCGUGCUGGUGCCCAACUACAUCAACCAGACCCUGCUGGAGAACAUGCUGCCAGACUCGCACUACCUGGUGGAAGUGCGUGCCUACAACUCUGCAGGCUUCGGCCCACCGAGCGAGCACUACGAGAUGUACACCAAGAAAGCACCUCCAGCCCGACGUGCAAGAAUCUACAGGACGUAUAACUUACUGGGUACCUACAUAAAUGUGGCCUGGGACCAUGUUUAUGCCUUAGACAACGAGUCGUACAUAGAGGGUUACAAGGUGCUGUUCAAGAAGCCAGGUCACUUGACUGGGAUUCUGUACACAACGGGAAAGCACUACAUGGACUUCCCGGUUCCGACAGAGGGCGACUUCUUGGUGGAGGUCCGAGCUCGCAGCGAGGGCGGCGAUGGUCCCAUUUCCCGCGUCCGGAUUUCCGCUGGUGGAGUACUGUCUGCACAGUCAUUCAGUCUGGCCCUCCUGCUCGUCGUCGCCCUCGGCUGUCUGGGCUUCCAAAUGUAAGGUCAUCAUCUCCACGCUGCGGAGGAGCACUAAGACUGGCGGCCUGGUCCUGGUCCUCACUGAGACUGGCGGCCUGGUCCUGGUCCUCACUGAGACUGGCGGCCUGGUCCUGGUCUUCACUGAGACUGGCGGCCUGGUCCUGGUCCUCACUGAGACUGGCGGCCUGGUCCUGGUCCUCACUGAGACUGGCGGCCUGGUCCUGGUCCUCACUGAGACUGGCGGCCUGGUCCUGGGUCCAUUGCCAGCCCUCCUCAGUUUUAUUGCAAAUUCAGCUUCCUCGUCCCCAGAGAUGCCCGUGGAAAAGACAAGGUUCUCCAGAAAAUCCCUACCUGCCAAAUGGAGGAAUAUUCAAGGCCACUGUAACUUAAUUUUUUUUAGACUUGUUCAGUAUGCCUUAUAUAUACAUUCAUUUUGAUUCGUGGGAUUCCAGUGUGGUAAGAUAAUGAAAAAUACCCCACAGCCACAAGAGCUUGUUUUCAAAAUUAGAUGUAAAUAUCUUUAUGUUCUUGUUCAUGUUCAUGCACAGUGUCAAUUGGAAAAAAAACCUAUACAAUAACUCAUUAAGUUAACCAAGUAAUUAGCUGUGAAUGAUGUGUAAAAGUAAAUAUUUUCUAUUUUUUCUAAUUUUACUAACUAUUCUUUUGGCUAAAGUGUAUCUUAGAACACUUUCUCUAUUUAUACGGUUUGCUUUACAUCAAACAUUUUCUUACACGGCUAAUAAUGUCAUUUUGCAUUCAAUAGCACAUUGUCCAACAUUAAUGAAAUACAUUGUAUAUCUUAUGUGUUUAUUAGGAAACAUAAUUAAUGGUAAAUUACAGCAUAUUGUUAUUAAGAAUGGUAUUUCUCUGAUAUACCUCGAACAAAAUCACAACAUAAAAGAUCUGAAAUCAGAUCAACCCUGAACAGAAAAUGUGUAACAUGUAUGUAAUCCAUUGUCUCUACAAGCCAUAAAAAAGCACUUGGAUGUGAAUCUAAAAUGGAACGAGUCCAUGACCAAGCUGAGUCUGUAAUACAAAAGGGAAUGUAGUGAAUGGCACAGAGAAACGCAUGUGAGGAAAAAUGUGUUGUAGGAUUGUUGUGUGCAGUUCUGUUGCCUAGCAUGCAUCUACCAUGACGUUUCAAAAACCUCCAGAGAGAGAAAUGCAAGGAGAGCAUCUCCGUGGAGCCCAGCGAGUUCUGCUGGGAAUUCCAUGCUACGCUCUGUUGCUGCGUACAGGAGACUGCGGUUAACCUCGCGUGGCUUUCCCUGGUGUUCCAGCUUGAGUUUAAGUAACCUGGCUAGACCAGUAGGCUAAUGCUUCAUUGUCAUGUUAUACUGCCAUAAACACAGAAUCAAGAAUUACCUAAAUGCCUGGGCGAUGGCCUGCUGGCCUUCCUCUCUGCCUUGUGCUCAUUACGACAGCCCCAUGGCGGUCUUUUAAAAUGCCAAGAUGACGCUGUAUUAGUAGUUCUGGGUGAUGUUUCAGUUUCACUGAUAAUGAAGUAACAGUUGUUUUACAGUGUUAGUGCACAAAUGCUUCAUUUUGAUUGUGCUUUAAUCAAAACCAGCCCAGUAGCUGGGAUGCUCCAUUCUGAUCCUUUUCCUGCAGCUAGACAGUUUCCAGACUGCAUGAAAGCCUUUAGCUGUUAUGUACCAUGCUGUGCAGAGGGAAGUGGAGGGUUUGCAUGUGAUGUGGUUGUGAGCUGGAAGCUAUGCCCAUGACCCAGUCUGCAUUGCAGAGGUCUGGGAGGGAAGCCAUUUGGUCAUCUGCUCAAGUCUUUGAGUCUCCUACAUUAAAGUUUACUUAGAGAACAAAA